AUGAUGGGGAUGAUGCUAACAGGCCGAUCGGUUCAAGGUGCUGCAGCUGGCGGAAUAGUGAUUUUGGUGAAUAUCUGCAUUAGUGACUUGUUUACUGAAAGAGAACGAGGAUUUUACCUUGGGCUGACUGGCGUCGUAUGGGGACUUGCCAGCGGCAUUGGCCCUCUGGCUGGAGGUGCUUUUUCCGAGUACGUUUCCUGGCGCUGGAACUGGUGGAUCAACCUUCCCUGUUGCGGAGUCUCGUUUGUUGUUCUGUUCUUCUGUCUCGACCGCGUCCGUGAGAGACAAGCGGGAAUCAGCAGCGGCUUGCGACAAGUCGACUGGCUUGGGACUCUGGCCAUCACUGGUUUAACUACCAUGUCUCUUCUGGGUCUAAACUUUGGGGUGAUCUGUCUUCUCUUGAUCUGUCUUCUCGUGUUUGGAGGCUUCACAAUGGCGGCUUUCGUGGUCUACGAAGCGAAGAUCAUAUCCGAGGAGAAAGCUUUGAUCCCAAUGCGCAUUCUACGACGGCUUUCCAACAAUGCGUCCUUGUUUGUCAAUGUUUCGUCCUGGUACUUUCUUCCACUAUACUUUCAAUCCAGUCGCUCCCUGUCACCUCUUCAAUCCGGCCUUCUCCUCAUGCCAAUGACCGUCAUCCAGGCCGUGACGGGAUUCAUUGCUGGCUUUAUCAUCCGCCGCACCGCCUUCUUGCUAUUCACCCUUUUGUCCGACAAGUCGACAAUAUCCGCUAUUAUAGGCCUAGAGCUACUUGGAGGGCUCGGCGUGGGGCUCGUAUUCCAGCCUCCCCUCAUCGCGCUCCAGUCUUUCGUGCACCACGACGAUGUUGCCACAGCUACGGCCUUUUUUGGAUUUAUCCGGAGUUUUUCUACCUCUGUGUCAAUCGUGAUCGGCGGGGUCAUGUUAAAAAACGAGAUGCAGUCACGUCAAGGCAUGCUUCAAAAGCUUCUUCCUGGGGAUGUCGCCAACAGUUUCUUGGGCCAGAAUGCUACAGCAAACGUGGCUCUCGUCCGGUCUCUAAACCCUGGAGAGGCGCAGAUAGUCGGGGAGGCGUAUUCGCAGAGUCUAAGUCGCAUGUGGAUAUUGUAUGCUUGCUUUGCAGCUACUGGACUGCUCAUGAGCUUUGGCAUUCAGGAUCAGACGUUGCGAAGUGAAUUGAUAACUGAAACGUCCGGCUCUACCGGUACCCAAUCUCGAGCCAGGGGUAACAAAACAGGCGUUUAA